GGGGCUCAGAGUCUGUAGGUACCCAGGAACCCGGGCCCCUGGGCGGAAUCCUGCAGCAGCUGGGGGGCUUGGGGCUGCCUCUUUGUCUCUUCAUCCAGAGCCUUAUGUAAGAGCUUUUCUUGGGAAACAGGAAGUGCUGCUUGCCAAGUUCAGCAGGGAGUAGUGCAGGCCUUAUUCCAACACACCCAGCCCAGGCUUAACCCCAGAGCUCAGCCAGUUUCUUGCUUCAGUGCCCCUGGUUCUCCUGCCCACUAGCCCCCAACCCCUCCUUUCCCACAUUCAGUCACCCCUGGCAAAUUGCCCUAGAGGUCUCUCCUGUCCCUGAGCCAGAGGGUCUUCUGCCCUCACCCGACCCUGGCCACUGCCCAGCUUGGCCCCCCAUCCUGCUCCUGGCACCAUGCCCCACAGCCAGCCAACCUUCCCUCCCCCAACUCUGGGACUGUCCCAGGGUUCCUGCACACUGGUCGCUCCUCCUGGGUGUCACUAGCAGCCCUGUCCUUCUUAGAGGGACUGGCACCUAAUUCUCCUGAGGCUGUGGGAGGGCGGGGGUCUCAAGGCAACCACUGGUACCACAUGGGGUGCCAGGAGCACUGAUAGUACCCCUAGCUUGUUUUUCUCUCCCUCCUUUUUAUUCUCAAGUUCCUUUUUAUUUCUCCCUUGCGUAACACUCUUCUUCCCUUCUGCACCACUGCCUGCACCCCCACACUCUCUGCUACCUCCUUGCCACCCCACUCCUGAGGCCACAGCUGUUGGCAGGGUCCCCAGCUCAUGCCAGCUUCAUCUUCUUUCUUGCUAGCCCCCAAAGGGUCCCCAGGUGACAUGGGGGGUCCAGUCCGAGAGCCGGCACUCUCAGUUGCCCUCUGGUUGAGUUGGGGGGCGGCUCUGGGGGCUGUGGCUUGUGCCAUGGCUCUGCUGACCCAACAAACAGAGCUGCAAAGCCUAAGGAGAGAGGUGAGUCGGCUGCAGAGGACUGGAGGGCCUUCCCAGAAAGGGGAAGGGUAUCCCUGGCAGAGCCUCCGGGAGCAGAGUCUUGAUGCCAUGGAAGCCUGGGAGAAUGGGGAGAGAUCUCGGAAAAGGAGAUCAGUGCUCACCCAGAAACAGAAACCCAAGAAGGACUCUGAUGUGACAGAGGUGAUGUGGCAACCAGCCCUUAGGCGCGGGAGAGGUCUGGAAGCCCAAGGAUAUGUAGUCCGAGUCCAGGAUGCUGGAAUUUAUCUGCUGUACAGUCAGGUCCUGUUUCAUGACGUGACUUUCACCAUGGGUCAAGUGAUGUCUCGGGAAAGCCAGGGAAGGCAGGAGACUCUAUUUCGAUGUAUACGAAGUAUGCCCUCUAACCCAGACCGGGCCUACAAUAGCUGCUAUAGUGCAGGUGUCUUCCAUUUACACCAAGGGGAUAUUCUGAGUGUCAUAAUUCCCCGGGCAAGGGCGAAACUUAGCCUCUCUCCACAUGGAACCUUCCUGGGGUUUGUGAAACUGUGAUUGUGUUAUAAAAGGUGGCUCUCAGCUUGGAAGACCAGGGUGGGUACAUACUGGGAACAGCCAAGAGCUGCCUAGCUAGACAAAGGACAGGGAAUGGGCAGGAACAGAGGUCUCUUCCAGGGUUUAACUCUCCUUUCCUUCGUUUUCCCUUUCCAUUCCUACCCCCCUAGACUUUGAUUUCAUAGAUAUCUUGCUUUUGUCCCCCAUCCAGUCCUAAAUUCUUGUGUAGGUUAGGGUGGGGGGUGGGUGCCAGGCAUUGUCCAGAACUGCCAUGGGUCCACUGGAAUGCAUCCAGAACAGCACCACCAUCUAGCGGCGGUUUGAGGGAAUCACUCUGCCGACUGGCAGAAGUCCACGAAGCUUGGGAAAACCCUCGUUCCCUAUGCCACACCUAUCUGCAGGUACCCUCUGCCUCUUCACUCCACAAGAAGCCUUAUCCUCAUUUCCUUCUCUCCAUCUACGGAGCUCCAGUUUCCACCACUAUCCCCAGAAAUGUAAUCUAUUAUGCGUCCCUCCGCAGGCGGUGCCCAAUGACGACGAUGGUUCCUUUGCAGCUACAUUACUCUUUGGGUCCCAAGGUUUGCCUUUCAUGCUCUUACUCCCCUGGCAUGGAAGGCCACUCCAAGCCCCUCUGGGCUGGGAUUGGUCUCCGAAAAGCCUUGGAUGAAACGUACGUCCUGACGUUGGUCUUGCUACACGCCUCUGAGCUCUCUUUUCUGCUCAAGCCCCGCUUAAAGUUAAAUAAUAAU